UGGGCAGGUUGUGGAAAGCGCAGAGUUCGACAAAAACAAGCGGCUUCGUUGCCGUCGCAGGGUGUAUGGCCGAGGCGGUGAGGCCACCGCGCCGGGCCAGGACCAAGGCCAAGGCCAGCCGGACUAAAACCAAGGAAAAGAAGAAAUAUGAAACCCUUCAGAGGGAAGAGUCUGAUGAAGUCUCCCUUCCAAAAACCUCCAGAGAGCUGGAAAUCCCUACCCCAGCUUGUGAAUUCAAAGGAGACCAUCUAAAGGAGUUAACCGAUUCCCAGCUCCAGAAUGAUGGUAGUCGACAAAACGAGAGUGAAAUGUUUCAUGUCCCACUCACCUCCUUAACUCUAAGCAAUGAAGAGUCCCUGACAUGUAAAACAGAGAGUCUAAAGGAGGGAGAAGAGAUCAGAGCCUGUGCUGGGGAUGAUGCAGUCAAGCUGAAGGUCGAUCCUGGAGGCAAUGUCGGAACCAAAGUAGAACCCCCCGAGAACAUUACAGAAAUGGAGGAAGAUAAACUGGUACAAUGUGGACCUUUGGAAAGCACACUGCAAUCUAAUGUUUCUUAUAUUCAGCAUGAAGUGGAAAAUUUGAAGGUCAGAGAUACUCAGAAUAGGAGAGAAGACAAAGAAGCCUUGGGUCUUUCUUCAGAAGUGCUACAGAAUGUUGGCUUGCAGAGUUCUUGUGAAGCCAAAGACAUUUUUCAGCCACCUAGAGUGAAAAAACUGUAUCCCCAGUUGCCAGCUGAAACUGCUGGGGAUGUACCGGCUUUGGUGGCAGUGAAACCCUUGCUUCGUAAUGAGCGACUCUACCCGGAGCUCCCAUCUCAACCAGAAGUAGUACCGUUUACUGAAGAACAGCUAAAAGUCUUUGAGCCUGGUUCAUGGCUGGAAAAUGUUGAGUCAUAUUUAGAAGAAUUUGACAGCAUGGCUCAUCAGGACAGGCAUGAAUUUUAUGAGUUGCUUUUGAACUACUCACGCUGUAGGAAGCAGCUGCUGCUGGCUGAAGCUGAGCUCCUUGCUCUGAUAUCUGAUUGCCAAAAUGCCAAAAGUCGACUAUGGCACUUCAAGGAGGAACAGUUGUCUGUACAGGGUAUCUGUGCUGAUCAAGUGAAAGUUUCAGGCCAUCAUCGCUACCAGAGAGUGGAGAUGAAUGAAAAUGCACUGGGAGAGCUAAAAAAACUGUUUGAUGCCAAAUCUGAACACCUCCACCAGACCUUGGCGCUGCAUUCUUACACUUCUGUGCUCUCACGGUUGCAAGUGGAGUCUUAUAUCUACACAUUACUCAAUAGUUUGGCUGUUCUGAGAUCUUUAGCAAUUCAUCAGGAAGGCCAAGCUUCUAAACAGGUAGAAAGCAUUCCCUCUGAUCUGUGUCAGCUAAAGGAGUGUAUUAGUGUCUUAUUCAUGUUCACCAGGAGAGUUAAUGAAGAUACUCAGUUCCAUGAUGAUAUUCUUCUCUGGCUGCAGAAAUUGGUAUCAGUGUUACAAAGAGUUGGCUGUCCUGGAGAUCACCUCUUCCUUCUAAACCAUAUUCUUCGAUGCCCGGCUGGUGUUAGUAAAUGGGCCGUUCCUUUCAUCCAGAUCAAAGUGUUGAAUAACGCAUCAGGGGUCUUUCAUUUCAUGCAGUCUCUUGCCCUGCUAAUGUCUCCUGUCAAAAAUCGAGCUGAGUUCCUGUGCCACAUGAAGCCCAGUGAACGGAAUCCAUCCUCUUCGGGGCCUGCAUCCGGGACGUGGACACUGGUAGAUGAGGGAGGAGAAGAGGAUGAAGACCCUGAGACUAGUUGGAUUCUCCUUAAUGAAGAUGACUUGGUUAUUCUUCUAUCACAGUUCCCAUUUCAUGAACUCUUUCAACAUCUUCUUGGGUUUAAAGCAAAAGGUGAUUAUUUACCUGAAACAACAAUACCUCAAGAGAUGAUGAAAAUUUUUGCCUUUGCUAACUCCUUAGUGGAACUUCUGGCUGUGGGGUUAGAAACCUUCAAUAGAGCACGCUAUAGGCAGUUUGUCAAGCAAAUUGGUUAUAUGAUCAGGAUGAUCCUUGGUUAUGUGAGUGACCACUGGGCCCAGUAUGUGAGCCACAACCAAGGCUCGGGAUUGGCCCUGCAGCCCUACUCCGUGGAGAAACUACAGGUUGAGUUUGAUGAGCUCUUUUUGAGAGCUGUACUACAUGUGCUGAAAGCCAAAAGACUUGGCAUUUGGCUGUUUAUGUCAGAAAUGCCCUUCGGGACACUGUCUGUUCAGAUGCUCUGGAAGCUCUUCUACCUCAUGCACCAGGUGGGGAGCGGGAAUCUGGAAAAGCUCUGUACUGCCCUCCUGCCUGCCGAGUGUAAGAAGCGCCUCCAAGACCCAGAACAUUUUGUGAACUUUGAGAAGUGUCUUUCUUCCAUGAAUAGCUCGGAAGAGAUUUGCCUUCUAACUACUUUUGCUCAGAUGGCUCAGGCCAGAAGAACCAAUGUGGAUGAAGACUUCAUAAAAAUUAUUGUUCUGGAGAUAUAUGAGGUAUCUUAUGUCACCCUGUCCACCAGAGAAACUUUUUCGAAGGUUGGUCGAGAGCUUUUAGGGGCCAUCACAGCUGUUCACCCUGAGAUAAUUUCUGUCCUUCUGGAUAGGGUUCAAGACACCAUUGACCAGGUUGGAAUGGUUUCUUUAUACUUGUUUAAAGAACUACCUUUGUAUCUUUGGAGACCUUCUGCCUCUGAGAUAGCUGUGAUUCGGGAUUGGUUAUUGAAUUAUAACCUGACAACGGUGAAGAAUAAAUUGGCCUGUGUUAUUCUAGAAGGACUAAAUUGGGGAUUUGGUGAGCAGGGGACUCUUCAUCUGGAUCAAACAGUCCAUGCUGAAGUAGCUUUAAUGAUUCUCGAGGCGUACCAGAAGUACCUUGCACAGAAGCCAUAUGCUGGGUUUCUUUCUGAAAGUAUGAAGCAGGUUUCAUAUUUGGCCAGUAUUGUUCGAUAUGGAGAGACACCUGAGACCUCAUUUAACCAAUGGGCCUGGAACUUGAUCUUGAAGUUAAAACUGCACAAAAAUGAUUAUGGAAUACAGCAGAAUUGUGCAACUGUUCCGUUCUCCAGCACUGUGCCCGAAGUGACAGAAUCACCCACGUUUCAUCCUCUCUUGAAGGCUGUAAAGGAGGGCAUGCCCAUUGGCUGUUAUCUGGCCUUAGCUAUGACGGCUGUGGGCCACAGCAUUGAGAAGUUCUGUGCAGAAGGCAUCCCACUCUUCGGAAUUCUGGUCCAGUCGAGGCAUUUGAAAACAGUGGUCCAUGUCCUGGAUAAGAUUCUGCCUUUGUUCUACCCUUGCCAGUAUUACCUUCUAAAGAAUGAGCAGUUUCUGUCACACCUCCUCCUCUUCCUACACUUGGACGUCGGUGUCCCUCAGGGUGUCACGCAGCAGGUCACCCACAAGGUGGCACAGCACCUGACAGGAGCCAGCCAUGGGGACAACGUGAAGCUUCUCAACAGCAUGAUCCAGGCCCACAUCUCUGUAAGCACUCAGCUCAAUGAAGUGGGCCCGGUUGCCGUAUUGGAGUUCUGGGUUCAGGCUCUUAUAAGCCAACAUCUUUGGUACCGAGAACAACCCAUCCUCUUCCUCAUGGACCAUUUGUGUAAAACAGCUUUUCAGCUGAUGCAGGAAGACUGUGUGCAGAAAUUGCUCUACCAGCAACAUAAGAAUGCUUUGGGCUACCACUGUGACCGGAGUCUGCUCUCUUCUUUGGUGAGCUGGAUCGUGGCAGGCAACAUCACUCCUUCCUUUGUGGAGGGCUUAGCCACACCCACUCAGGUCUGGUUUGCAUGGACAGUCCUGAACGUGGAAUCCAUCUUUGAAGAAGACUCCCAGCUCCGAAGAGUUGUUGAAGGGGAAUUGGUGAUAAACUCUGCAUCUACCCCUGACCAAGCUCUGAAGAAAGCCCAGGCUCAGCUGAAACUCCCCAUCGUCCCGUCCCUCCAGAGGCUGCUCAUUUAUCGCUGGGCCCACCAGGCUCUCGUCACGCCUUCUGACCAUCCUCUUCUUCCACUCAUUUGGCAGAAGUUCUUCCUCCUGUAUCUUCACCGCCCAGGACCGCAAUAUGGGCUACCCAUAGAUGGUUGUAUUGGAAGAAGGUUUUUCCAAAGCCCUGCUCAUAUCAGUUUACUGAAAGAAAUGAAGAGGCGUCUGACUGAGGUGGCUGACUUCCACCAUGCUGCGAGCAAGGCCCUCCGAGUUCCAGCAGAGGGCAGUGAAGGGCUGCCAGCGACCCAGGCUGGCACCCCUGCUUACCUGACUUCACCAGAACUGCACAAGGAGCUCGUGAGGCUUUUCAAUGUAUAUAUAUUAUGGCUAGAAGAUGAGAAUUUUCAAAAAGGAGAUACGUAUAUCCCUUCUCUGCCAAAGCAUUAUGAUAUUCACAGGCUAGCAAAAGUGAUGCAGAAUCAGCAGGACCUGUGGAUGGAGUAUUUGAACAUGGAGCGCAUACAUUAUGAGUUUCAGGAAACCAUUAGUCUGUGGAUGCAGGCCAAGCUUGAGUCCCAUUCUACACCCUGCAGUUCGUCAGUGCCGCUGGACUUCACUGAUCCUUUGUUGGCUAAAGAAAGGGUUUUAAGUAACCUGCGGAAGCACGAGGACCCCCAACCUCCCCUUGUUCUGCAGCCAAUGAGGCCUCCUGUGCCAGUUAUUUCCUCAGCCUCGAUCCUGAGUCAGAAGGAUGCCAUCCAGCUGGUACGCACAGACCUGAAUCUGCUGCGGCAGCAGGCCAGAACUGCAGCUCUUCGGGAAUCUCAGCAGGUUGUGCUGGACAGUGAGCUGUUGGACACAAUGCCCAAGCAGUAUGUUAAUCGAGAAGAACAGACCACACUACAUUUGGAGUGUAGAGGCAGUAGUGGCAAGAAGUGCCAAGGAGCAGGAGUUGUAACAGUUCAGUUUGAAGGUUUGCAUAAGAAUGAAGCAAUAAGCCAACAGCUUCAUGUUUUGCGAAAAGAAGUGAAGCAGUUGCAAGCAGAAGCUGCUAAACCACCAUCACUUAAUAUCGUGGAAGCCGCUGUGCAUGCCGAGAACUUGAUUACGGCCUUAGUGAAUGCCUACCAGUCGCACCCCACCCCUGGGGUUCAGAAGGUUGGCAUCAGCCUCUUCUUUACUGUUGUGGAUUACGUCAGCGAUGAGACCCAGCGUCAUCCUCCCACAAGGCAGUUCUUUACUUCAUGCAUUGAGAUCUUGGGACAGGUGUUUAUAAGUGGCACUAAAUCAGAAUGCAGAAAAGUCCUUCGGACCAUUCUGAAGAACAGAAGGCUCUGCUCUCUCUUGUCUCCUUUCUUUACUCCCAACGCUACGCCUGCGGAGUUCAUACAACUGUAUGAGAAAGUGGUGAAGUUUCUGAGUGAGGACAACAGUGAUAUGAUUUUCAUGCUGCUGACCAAGUUCGAUCUUAAGCAAUGGUUAAACGCCACUAAACCUCCUCUGUCUGAUCGUACCAGGCUUCUGGAGUCCAUUCAUUUGGCACUUACUGCCUGGGGCCUUGAACCAGAUGAAGAUAUUUUGAUGCCAUUUAAUCUUUUCUGUAAGCACUGGACUUACCUUCUUCUCUACCAGUUCCCUGACCAGUACAGUGACAUUCUGAGGCUGCUGAUGCAAAGCUCUGCUGAGCAGCUGCUGAGCCCCGAGUGUUGGAAAGCCACCCUAAGAGCCCUGGGCUGCUGCGCCCCAGGCUGCCAGCAGGGGGCAGCUUCUGCUGAGACCUCGGUGCUUCAAAGCUCUCCGGAUGUUCUCUUGUCAGACAAGCAGGUAAUGGAGACUAUACAGUGGCUCUCAAACUUUUUUUAUAAGCUUCGGUUAUCCACGUUGGACUUUAAAAGUUUUGGUUUAUUCUCAAAAUGGAGUCCUUACAUGGCAGAUAUGAAGACGCUCUUGGGCUACCUUGUAAAGAGACUGCUUGACUCAGAAAUGGCCUGCUUGGCCCAAGAUCCAUCUGGCAGUAGCAAAACAGUACUAAGAUCCCUACAUUCAGUAAUCGUCCAGCUCUUUAAGCCAUGGAUACUGGUUUUAGAGGACAAUGAAAGCAGCCAACGACAUUACCCCUGGCUGGAGAGUGAUGCUGUGGUGGCCUCAAGCAUUGUGCAGUUGUUCACUGAUUGCAUUGACUCAUUGCACGAGAGUUUUAAAGAUAAGCUCUUGCCCGGUGAUGACGGAGCCCUUCGGUUACACCUGAUACAUUAUUGUGAAGCGUGUACAGCACCUAAAAUGCCAGAGUUCAUUCUGUAUGCUUUUCACAGUGCCUACCGGAAACUCCCGUGGAGGGACCUGCAUCCUGACCAGAUGCUCAUGGAGGCCUUCUUCAAGGUGGAACGAGGAAGCCCCAAGAGCUGCUUCUUGUUUUUGGGGUCUGUCCUCUGUGAAGUCAACUGGGUCAGUGUGCUCUCUGAUGCCUGGAAUCCCAGUCCCCACCCAGAGACCCGGAGCAUGAUUGUCUGCCUCCUUUUCAUGAUGAUUUUAUUGGCAAAGGAAGAUCAGCUGGUGGAUCAAAAAGAUUCUCCUCUACUUACUCUCCUUGGACAGACAAGCUCACUCUCAUGGCAUCUUGUGGAUAUUGUGUCAUAUCAGAGUGUGUUAGGUUAUUUCAGCAGCCAUUACCAGCCAUCCAUCAUCCUGGCAAAGGAAUCUUCUGCUGAGUUAAUUGUGAAGCUCCUAAAAGUGUCUGCAGGUCUUUCCGUUCCUACUGACAGCCAGAAACAUCUUGAUGCAGUUCCAAAAUGCCGAGCCUUCAUUCAUCAGAUGGUACAAUUCCUCAGCUCCCUGGAACAAAAUGGAAAAAUCACGUUAGCAGUCCUUGAACAGGAAAUGUGUAAGCUCUUGGAUGAUAUCAUUGUUUUUAAACCACCUGAUCUGGACAGCCAGACCCGCCACAUGGCCCUCAGCAGCCUCUUUAUGGAAGUCCUAAUGAUGAUGAACAACGCGACUAUCCCAACAGCAGAGUUCCUCCGAGGCAGUAUCCAGACCUGGAUUGGGCAGAAAGUGCAUGGACUGGUGGUUCUGCCCCUGUUAACAGCCGCCUGCCAGAGCCUGGCUUCCGUCCGCCACAUGGCCGAGACGACGGAAGCCUGCAUCACUGCUUACUUCAAAGAGGGCUCCCUCAAUCAGAAUUUAGGUUGGGGCCCCAUUCUGGUGUCCCUUCAAGUUCCCGAGCUCACCAUCGAAGAGUUUCUGCAGGAGUGCCUGUCCCUCGGCAGCUACUUGACUCUCUAUGUCUACUUGCUUCAGCGUCUAAAUAGUGAGCAGACGCUAAGGAACGAAAUGAAAGUGCUGCUUCUCUUAAGCCAGUGGUUGGAACAGGUGUAUCCAAGCUCUAUGCAGGAAGAAGCAAAGCUGUUCUUGUGGUGGCACCAAGUCCUGCAGCUGUCCCUGGUUCAGACCGAGCAGAAUGACUCGGCCUUGACGGAGUCUGUCAUUCGGAUUCUGCUCAUGCUUCAGGCCCGUCAGAGCCUGCUGGCCGAGGAGAGGCUCAGUUCAGGGAUUCUCAGGGCAAUUGGGCUGGGCCGGAAGUCGCCCUUGUCUAACAGGUUCCGAGUGGCUGCCCGAGGCAUGGCUGCCUUUCUUUCAGUUCAGGUUCCUGCCAAGGAUCAGAUCCGUUUGAAGCCGGGCUCUGAAUUACAUCUGACCCUGAAAGCUCAGCAGGCUCUGAAUGCUCUUGAAUCCUUGACAUCAAGUAAGCAGUACAUUGAAUACCAGGAUCAGAUAUUGCAAGCCGCACAAUUUAUAAAGCGUCCCGGCCAUUGCCUCCAAGAUGGGAAAAGCUUCCUGGCUCUUCUUGUGAACUGUCUCUAUCCAGAAGUGCAUUAUUUGGACAACAUACGAUAGUAACACUGAGGCUCUUGAUAAACCUGUUGCUGUUUAUGUUUACAUUUAACUUUGCUGUUGCACAAAUAACUUUGCUCAGUUUCACUGCAGUUUGGCCAAUGAAUUAGUUGACUGAGAUGCAAGUUGGUGGGCACUAGAUAAUUGUUGUGCAUGUGCACAUGUGUAUGUUUCCUUAGCUCUUAAGAUGUUCCAGGGACUUUGUAAUUUUUCUGUUCAUCCAACAAGAGAACUUACAAAGUUCUCCUUGGGUAGAGAGCCACUCUCAGUUGCCGAAUAUCCAGUCAUCUCAUGCGACCCCAGGUGGGGUGCUUUCGUAUGUCUCCACUUCUGUCUUUUCCUGUUUCGUUUAAAUGUCAAGACUCCUGUGCCAUAUAUAACUACUUUGGGAAUCCUGUUGAACCCUCACUUUUGAAUCCCAGUUGUGUUCCUUCAAAGUAAAAAAGCUUUGAAAAUUUCUGCAUUUCUCAAAUGUGGGGAAAUAUACCAGCUUAAAUUAUUGUAUUUUUCUCUCAGAAGGGAGAUGAGAAUGCUGAAUCAAAGUGAGUCGUUGUCUAAAAUGUGACCACUUGAUCCUGAUUAUAGUGGACAGCCGAGAUGGUGACGAGUCCAUUUCCAUCCAGCCAUGUGUCCUCAUAGAGAAGGAGCCAUUUGUCUACAUUGGGGGCGCGUGCUGGCCGUCUGUGGGGAUCAUGUCGUGCAGCGAUGUGUUUUGUUUGAUCUCCAUGGCUGAGAGUGUAGACAGGGCUUCCUCUCUCCAGUACACUGUAGACGUACAUUCCCUUUGGUCAUACCCCAGCCCGCUCCUUCAUUCACAUCUUAUUUGGCCCCUGAAGACAUGUAAAUUUGCAGCUCUUUCUAGACAGCAAGUUUGAUAUCUGAAGGUCCUGCUGUUGAGAGAGACAGAGAACUUGACUCUCUGUUUCCUGCUUGUUUUAUCACUCCAGAUUUAAACUGAAAUGAAGCAAGCAAACCUGCUGAAACACUGAUCGGUGGAAACUGGGUCAGGUCAGGAGACUUAACUGAAAUUUGGCUUUUUUUUAAUCGUCAUGUGCCUUCUGUUGUUAACAGUUCGUUCUUUACCAAAGCCUGUCUGCAGUGUUGCUGUGUUUUGCUGCCAUCUGCUUGCUCUUGUCGUGUCCCCUCCACCCCCCCAGAAUUCGGACCUUGACUUCUGUCAUCAUAUUCGUAAUUCUUUUGGCUCAAAAUUGAUUUAUUUGUCCAGCUGGCAUAAGGCGUCUUUUGUUUGCAGGCUGUCUAUAGCCCGAGGCUAUUUACCUAAAAAUGUCUUAGUCACUGAGAGCUUUUAGCAAGGGGAUUGGGGUGUAGAUUAACUGAGUGAUAAUCUCUUAACAAAUAUCGUUUUGGGGUGCCUUCCCCAACAUUUGGAAGUGUGUAGGAGCUGUUCUUUACUUUGAAUCUUUUUAGUUGGACAGAACAGUUCUGCCCCACAGAAAUGCUCUGGUAAAGAUCAUCUCUGUUAGCCUCCAAGCUCUGUAGGCCACUAAGUGUCCAUCUCCGAGGGACGUAUCUCAGAGCUUUGCUUGUUACACGUUUUACAAGCUGUGGACAGUUCCAUGGCUGAUUUGGCAACAAAGAUUUUAUGACAGGAAAUAUUCUGUGUGCUGUUUUCUUUGAAGAGGAUGUAAUUAUUGGUAUCCUAGAAUGAAAUUUUUGAGUGACAGUACAUACAUUUCAAGAAAAUUAUGUUUAAUCUUAAUUUUUGAAGGUUUAUAAUAUUUAUAAUGUAUUUGCUCUGUAAAAAUUAUAAAAAAUAAAUCAAUCUUUGGUUGUAGCUGGUAAGAAUCCGAUUUUUAGGGAUAUCACACUGUCUUGUAAAGUAUUCCAGUUGUUAAAGUUGAUGCAGAUUUUUUUAUGCCUGAUGUCAUCUGCUUUUUUGACACUGUAACUUGAUCAUCAGAGAUGGUCGGUAAAAGUACUUCCUCUCACGCUUAACAGUGGAAGGUUUACUCACCACGUAGGUUCCUAUGAGAGGCUCUGGGCUAAGAAAUUGCUUUAACGACACUAAGUUCAGAAGGUGGCAAUGUUGCUGUAGCCUCCUGGGAAAGAAUAGACCGGUCUGCCCACUGGCUUUCAGGAAUAAUGAGCUUUUGUUGGCAAAAUAGUGACCUCCAGAGAGCACAGGGCCUGUUUCAGAGACAGUUACCAGUGCUGCAUGUUGAUACCUGGGUCAGUAAGACCAAGGCACCUAUGUGCCGGAGCGGCGUUGAAGGUGCACUAGUGCAGACUUUCCCCAUACGUGGCCAGCAGUGGCUUCCGGUUCAGAUGGGGAUGCAGAGCAGCUUCCUGGGCUUGACGAAAAGCACCACUUCUCUUCUCCACUCUCCUUUCUGCAGUUCACACAGGAUGGGCCAGAGAGGCGCACUCGACCCCCUGGUCUCCUGGCUCCCCUCCCUAACCCUGCAGAAAGCUGCAGGCACAGACGCCAGGGAGGGAGGUCCUGCGGAAGCGUCCGCUCAGCCUAAUGGGGCCGGGGCCCACCCUCCAUGUUCCUGAAGCUCCUGGCAUGCGUCGCUGGUGGUUUCAGGAUCAGCCUGUUGGCACAGCCACUUCUGCCUCCUCGAGGUUGCCUGAGCCUCUCAGGUUUUCGAGGUGGGGGAAGCUGGGUCCAGAAAAUAAAACCCCCCGAGCAGCCCACCCUCUAUUUAACCAGGUGCCAACCCCCUUCCUCCCAGUCAGUGUAUCCACGUUGUGCAGGUGAGAGUGUCCAUGCCCUUUCUUCCUUUCGAGUGAAGGUGAGACACAGUUCUCUAUUGGAUUUUUAAAAAUUAAUUAAUUUUUGGCUGCGUUGGGUCUUCAUUGCCACGCACGGUCUUUCUCUAGUUGUGGCGAGUGGGGGCUACUCUUUGUUGCGGUGCGUGGCCUUCUCAUUGCGGAGGCUUCUCUUGUUGCGGAGCGCGGGCUCAGUAAUUGCGGCAUACCGUCUCUAGAGCACAGGCU